AUGCCGUCGGACUUUCUCGCGCAGUGCCCGGGCCUAGAAGGCCUAAACGCCUUCACUCGCCCUCUUACCCCAAACGAUGUCAAAUCGUGCGUAACGGUAGAGAGCGCAUUUGUCGAGUACGAGAGAUGCUCUGAAGAAAAGUUCGCGUAUCGUCUCAACCAAACCCCUGAACUCUGUCUCGGCCUCUUCAUCAAACCUUCCAAUAGCACCACGGAUCAAUUAAUCGGACAUGUCAUCGCCAAUAGAACCCAAUCUUCAGUCGUAACAGACGGGUCAGUGGAGAUGCCUACUUCCUGGGAGACUUUGGCCCCGAACGAGCGAGUCAUCGUCAACGGGGAAGUCAUCGGAAAUGAUCCGCAGGGUAAAAAUAUAGCGAUUCACUCGGUCGCUAUUAUCCCGAAGUACCAAAGAGGCGGAGUUGGGCAGGCCUUAGUAAAGACGUAUGUCGAAUAUAUCCGAAGUAAUAGGGAUAUUGUGCAGUCCGAGCGGAUCGUUCUGCUCGCCCAUGACUAUUUGGUUCGGUUCUAUGAGGGCGCUGGGUUUGAGAAUCACGGGCAGAGCUGGGAGAUCAACAGUGGAGAGAGCUGUCCCAAUGCGGCAAUCGACGUCACCCAGCGUUACAUAACUCUGACAUCAACGCCGACCCUAAACAUCUAUAAAACAACCUACCACCUCUUCCAAGAGCCACAAUGCCGGACUUUUAUCCAAUUUACGACCAUGGCUACAUUUAACCCUCCUCCACUGGUCGACAUAGACCGAUACGUCAACCAUAAACAAAGUCGCGCGCUCAACGCCGGCGACAUCGGCAUCUUCAAAUCCACCCUCCUCCCUUCCUUCACCAUCCACUCCGGUUUAUCCAUCGCAUCCUUCAUCGCCGCCAAAACGACAGACCGCGGCGAGAUCAAAGACUGGUGCUGGCCCUCCAGUCAAGUCCUGAACGCCUGGUGGAGCGCCAUCGGCCGGCCCAUGGCUCUCGACGAUAUCUCCUUUUCCUCCGCCUGGCGCAUGCUCCCUUGGACCGAGAAAGUGCUUCUCAGCUCCGCGACGAUCUGGGGAACGCGAUUAUUCUACCGGGUCGCAACUCGGACAAUCUCUCGUGGAAAAGAUGACCCGCGAUACAACGAGCUGAAAGCGAAGGAUCCCGAAUUCUGGAAGUCUGCGUUCCUAAAGCUGUUCUUGCCCGAGGCCGCGUUCUUGACCUUUAUCACCUUGCCGUUUACGCUACCGUUCCGAUUGAGCGAAACUUCGCUGGAUAUUACCCCUCAGACGGCAAACACGUUACGGACCGUCGGUGUGGCGCUGUUCUCGGCGGGUUUUACCCUCGAGGCUUUGGCUGAUAAGCAGUUGGAAUCGCAUCGCCAGGAGAGAACGGACUUGUGUCGCCAUGGAGUGUGGAGUAUCGUGAGACAUCCGAACUACCUCGGCGAUGCUCUUGUUCACUUCUCUUUCGUCGUCCUGAACGCUGCCAGCUCAUUCAACCCUCUUGUACUACUCGGCCCCGUGGCAAACUACAUCUUUCUUCGAUUCGUGGGCGGCGACAAACAGAACGAAGAGAGUCAGGAGGCGCGAUACAAGGCACAGGAUCCGCACAAAUACGUGCAGUUGCAGGCUUGGAAGCAGGAGAAGAACAGCUUCUGGCCGAGUUUAGGUGAAGUGCUGAACCCGUGGACCUGGGCUGUGCUGGGAAGUGGAUUGAUAGGGGUUGCCUUAGAAGAAGGUAUCAGGGGGUGGGUGAUGCAGUGUGGUAUCACGCGCAGCAAGAAGAAUAUUGGCCAUUUCUCGUACAUGGGACGGUUGUCCUUCCCCGAACAAUCGACUAAACCGUGGUGCUUCCUCAACGAGGCCGAAGCAGCCUAUAUCAUCGACACGAUCGAGCGCGACCGCUCCGACGUGCACGCUAAAGCCUUCUCGGUGAAGGAAUACCUCCGCAAUUGCGCUGACAGUAAGGUCUGGGCGUACUGUCUGCUGUACCUGCUCACCGCGGCUAACUCCUACUCGAUUGCGUACUUCCUGCCUAUUAUUUUUGGAGGCAGCAUCGGUGGUAUCUUCGGAACGACAGUGUUCCGUGCGCAGGAUGCACCUGGAUACCGUCCCGGUUUGAUGGCCACCAUGCUAGCCAACGCAGUGUGCGUGUUGGUUGUCGCAGCGCUGAUGUUCAAGUUCCACCGGCCGAAUAAGCGUGUCGACGCGGGUGGGAAGCCCAUCGAGGGACUGGUUGGGUUCAAGUAUACUCUUUAG